ACUUGAAGAUGAUGAGGGUGAGAGAGUAAAGAUGUCAUUUUCGAAAAAAAAAAAAUUGAUGGCAUUUUCGUAAAUUAUAUGAACUUGUGGGGUGAAUAGGGCAAAACCAAUUUUUUUUAAAAAAAGGAGGUUAGUUUUGUGUUUGACUUUAAGUUGUAGAUCAAUUUUACAAAAAGCUCAUUUAUAAUUAAGUAAAAACUCACAUUAAAACCAAAAUUCGUUAGACAUCUACUCUAUUAAAAUAGAGUCAUAUUUUUUAUCUACUGUACAAACGUUGUAACUUAAAUUUUAAAUGGUCCAACAAGAGAUUUAAUAAUAUCUGAAGCAUUAUAAAUAAUUGAAACUGAUUGAUAAUUCAAUGUAUUUUCUUAACAAAAACUGAUUAAUAAUUCUAAACCGUUUCCAUACUUUGACAUUUGUGAUUCGUCUAACCCACUUUCUGUUAUAUCUACAAUACCAAAUUAAUAUUGCUCAGGAUUAAAGUAAAACGAUUUGCACAAUGAUAAGUAAUCACAUACUCUGGUGGGCCGUUAAUUAACUAGGAGCAUAGUGUAUUUUCAUUGAUGAUGCAUGAUAUCCACGACUUCUUUUAUAUGUAAGCACAUAUUUACGUAUUGCAUUAAUGUAUAAUUUUGUUGUCGUAUAUCUAUACUAUGUCAGAUUUGUAUAAAUAAGAAUCAAGUUUUCAUAUAUUAAAAAAAAGUUUUCAUAUGUUAUAAUGAAAAUUUAUAAUCUGAAAAUACAUCAUGCAUAUGUCAAACAAAGUAUAUAAUAUAAAGGUUUCUGAACAAAAAUAUUAUAAUAUAAACCAGUUUUAAUUAAAUAUAUAUUUUAAAUAUUCCUAAUUUACUUACUAAUUAAGUUUCAAAUAUAAAAACAAAACCAAGUUCAAGAAUUUGAAAUUGUAACAAACAUUUAUUGUUUUGAUAUUCAUUUAACUAACCUAUAUUUGCUCAAAAUUUAUUAAGAUAUCAAUUAUUAGGUAUUAAAUCAAUAAAAUCGAAAAAUAUUUUCAGAAUUUUAUUAAGAUACUAUAUAUACACUAAUUAUCUUUAAUUAUCGAUGAGAACGAUUAAUAGGUUAAUAUUCUAUAGAUAUAUUUACAUACACUAAGUCAUAUUUAUUAAAACCUAAAAUUUAUUUCUAAUCUAAAUAUAUAUAACAAUUGAAUAUAUUAAAAAAUCCAAUUGAUUUUUUAUGUCCACAUUAAUAUUUGAGCAUAACUAAUUUUUUCAAACACAAUAUUUUAUUAACAACUAAAAUCCACGCUAUUAAUAUACACACUUGCAAUACUAAAUUACAACAUUUUAAACCCAUUCUUCUACGUACAGAAAAGUUUGUUUUCAUACAACUUCUUAAAAGAAUAACAUUCCUCAAAGAUCUAAAGCCAUUUAAAACUAACACAUCAAAUUCAAAUCUUAGUAACUUAUUUUGUUAGUAAAAAAAAUAAUAAUAAUAAACACAAACAAAAUUUUACAAAAUGAAAUUUUUAUCUUAUGUGCUAAUAAUUUCAAUUAAAAAAAUUAAAUCUGAUAAUGUAUAAAAUAGAACUGUUAUAUAUAAAAUAUUUAGCAACCCACUUUAAUCACAUGUAAAUAUUUUACAAAUACCAAAUUGCACAAUUGUGUAUAAACAUAUUAAUAAAAAAUAAAACCUAAAAUGUUUAAAAUAAAAUUUUAAUUUUUUUUGUCAAAAUAAAAAAUAAAAAUACCCGCGUUUAGCGCGGAUUAGACUCUAGUAUAUUAUUAAUCCGCACGACCGUCAUUUUAGUAUAUAAACAAUGAUAAUUUCGUAAAAAGUUAUGUGUUUUACCGAUUUUCAAAUAAAGCAUUAUCACACGUUAAAUCAAUACUAUUUUAAAAAAAAAAAAAAAAAUUUGAAACUGAACUAUUUUAAAAGUUUUACUCGAGAUAAAUAGUCUGAUAUUUUAAUAAAAAACCAUGGUCCCUAAGUUUAUUUUUUUUCUUUAAUACAAGGAAGAGCUUUCUGGGGACAAUUCACCAAACUCAAAGAAGACGACAGAAUUAAUAAACGAAAACAAGCCUGCUUCUCGACUUCAGAGUUACAAGAAGAAAACAGAAAGAUGGUGCUUAGAAGCUCCAUCUCCAACACAAGAAAAUUCUUCCAAAAAACUAUCGACAACGUCAAAUCAUUUUUCUCCAACAAUGCUACCUAUCACAAACUACCUAAAACACCUAAUAACAUUCCCAUCAACGAUCAUCAUCAUCAAAACCCAAAUAACAUCAUAUCAUCAUCAUCGACAUCAUCCAUACAUAAGCAGUUACAGCCUAAAUCCAGAGACUAUGCGACCAAAAACAGAGUUUUGAUUCAACCACCGAGAAGAGGAGACAGAGAUGAGACACUCUUUUCCAAACCAAAGGUUGAGCUUGUUCUCCUAAAGCUACAAGAGAUGGAGGCGAUAAUGAAUGCUGAUAUAAUAAAUGAUGAGGAACAUGUCUUAGAUGUUCGGGAGUUCCUCGAUUGCUACUCUCGUCUUCGUUGCGCUGCUUACAUCGAUGUGGUUGAGAAGUUUUUUAUGGAGGUCUACUCUGAUUUGUUUAGCCCUCAACCUCUCGAGCACAACUGAUGGAUAUUCUGAUAUGAUGAUCUGUCUUCUUUAUUUUAUUUUAUUUUUUGCUUGUCAUUUUUUUUUUAACUUCAUGAUCUUAUUCCCUGUUAUGUGGCUGUAUUUUACUGGUUUUAUUUUUACUCUAUUUUAUGUUUCUUAUGACUUGUAAUAAUGAUAAAAACAAUUUGCUUAAAGUUGUUCGAGUUAUGAUCAUUCUAUAAGAUCAUAAUAAGGACUUAUGUUGGUUA